AUGGUCAAUGGAAUCCUGGGCCAACACAUCUACGGCACUGACCACGAUCAACUCUCGUGGAAACAAAGACUAGCGAUUUGUAGCGGAGUCGCGCGUGGACUGCACUAUCUUCACACUGGGCUAAAGCGUACUGUUAUCCUAUGGGAAGUGAAGACGAGCGACAUUCUGUUGGACGAGAAAUUGGAAGCCAAGUUGGGAGGUUUCCGGUUGUCCAAAAUGGGUCCCCCGAGUUUGUCAAAUGCUUUAAUUAGGAUCGAAUCUCAUGUGAGGGGUACUUAUGGAUACGCUGAUCCCGAGUAUUUCCAGCACGGGGUGCUGACCGAUAAAUCCGACGUCUACUCUUUAGGUGUAUUACUGUUUGAGCUACUCUGGGGCAGAAUUGUAUUGAAUAAGAGAUUAAAAGUGGAAGAACAGCAACUGAUUAGCUGGGCUGGCAAAUGUAAACGAGAAGGAACCAUCAAUGAGAUAAUUGAUCCGUAUCUGAUGGGGAAGAUAGCUCCAGAGUGUUUCAAGAUUUACGUUGACAUUGCAAGUUCUUGCGUGCGAAAAAAGGAAAAGGAUCGUCCCACAAUUGGUGAAGUGGAGGUAGAAAUUGAACAUGCACUGCAGUUGCAAGAGAGCGCAGAUGCUGCAAGGAAGGAUGGUGAAUAUGACUAUCCCAUUGAUGGAUUAACCUGUAAUGAUUUUCCGGGAGAAUCUUCUCCCAUUGAGAUGAACAGAUAUGGCAAAAAUGCUUCAGAUAGCACCGAAUUGUCCGAGGAUGAAUAA